GCAAGGCCAAAGCUUAAACGCGGUUGGGAAGAUUGAGUGUAGGUGGGACUUAAACCCAGCAGUUGCUGUUUUUCAUAGACAGACUACGGCGUCAGCUGCAUAUUAAACUGUAAAGUGACUCCUAACAUUUCUUGACAUCUCGACACAACAAAACAGAAGUAUUGAACAGAAUUCAAUCUCGUGAAGUAAAAUGUGCUAAAAAAAUAGCAACUAUUUAUUUAUUAACAAGAUUUGUAAAUUUUUUAUAUAUAUUUCUUAACAACUAUUUAAUCUGUCCGGUUUGUGUACAAAGAGAAACAUUAUAAUGCAUCUGAACUUAUUUUGCACUACUGCGGCGUUCUUUCUUAUAUCGAGUGUAGCUGUUUCGUCAGCUGAAGUUACCUUUUACCCUCCCGACCUUCCACCAGUAGUCACAGUAAACAACAAAACAGUGAGAAAUGGACAAAUAUUGAGGCUCGACAAAUCCAAAACUAUGGUAAACGGCGAAUGUACUGUUGAAGGUGGCAAUCCAAAAGUGUUAAGUAUCACCCUGCAAUGUGCAUUUGAUGGAGUGGCUGGUAAAGUAACAAUCAACUCAUACAUCGCAGAGUUUGAAAUCACCUACAACAGCACCAUUCAUACUAUUGCAUGUGUUUGCUCUGCAUAUCAUGUGACUGGGCUAUACACAUUGACAACUUCUUUCGUCUUUAACUCAGGUAGCAACGCAGUGAUCUGGAAUGUCCUGUUGUUGACGUCUCUGGUCCUGGGUAGGACAGUCCUGUCCUGAUCUUCAACCUAAGCGAGAUUUUUCUUAACGGUCUAAAACUUUUAUAUAACCAACAUAUAAGUGCAUAAAAUAAUAGUUUUUUUUGUAUUUUAAUUUCUAUUAUACAUCGCAUUGGACUUUUUUAUGAUAAUUUUUAAAUUUAAUAUGACUUUUAUCGCAAUGACCUUUGUUACUAUAAUUAGGAGCAUAUUACAAAAUGGUAAUACACAGAAAGUACACAUCCAAGAACUGAGAUUGAUAACACAUUUUGAUGGAAUGGUGAUGUUGACAAAGAAAAUUAAAUACUUAAAAGCAAAAAAAAAAAAGCACAAAACAUAAGCAUGUCGUUUGUUGAUUUCCCGUUCGUGCCCAAGACACGGGCGACAGAAUAGAAAUCUGUUUCAAUGCACUAAGCACGAAGGGAUAAUGUGGUCAACACAUCGCUUUAACGUCUUUGUUUCCUAAAAGUGAAUCAGGAACUCAUAACAGCUGGA